CUUAUGGCAAGUAGUUGGUAGUGAGUACAGUAAAACAAAGUUGGUAACAGAAGCCAUAUCACGGCCCAAAGAAUGGACGCCAGGUUAACUCUUCCUGGCUUAGUGUGUUGAAGUGAUUGUAUUCCGAGCAGUGAAUUGUAUUCCGAGUGUGAAUCGACCGAGAAAAGGGCAGCGGGGAUACGGGACACAGGGGAUGUGAAGCAAUCAUUGCUCCGCCUGCCAAUCACAGCCGGUCCCUCCCCAGCCGCUCUCAAACACACUCACAGAGAGACUUCACGCAAUGAGCUUGCCGCUACCCUGCAGGUGAGAGGACACACGGCACCCUGCCUGCCUGCCCGGAUCCCCCGCCAAAAGAUGGAACAGGAGAGUUACCUGAAUAUGGAUGAGUUAGAUGACGAUGUGUUUUAUCCUGAUGAAUUUGGAUACCCAGAUCAGACCAUGACUUCCUCCACAGUAUUCAACCAGAGCCAGUCCUACACAUGCCUGCUGAGCCGCUUUCACCUCUUCCCACUUUCUCACUGUUGUGGCCCUGGAUGCAGGGGCGCAGACUACGAAGACAAGGCUACGCAGACUCUGGGUUCCCCUUCCAUCAGCCAGGACAUCAUGCUACCCUGUGGGGUGUCUGAAACCCCUCAAAGACUUUUUUAUGGACAUGCAGGAUACCUAUUAUAUCUCCCUCAGAAUUCUCCGGCCCGUUUUGGAGAAGAGGUUGACAACAGGAGGCAAGAACAGAGCGCAGAGCAUCGGAUCGCCCGCAAACUGCAGUGUAUUGGAGACCAGUUUCACAGUGGUAUUUCACAGGCAGGAACAUGGUACUUCCAUGGGCACAGAUCUAUACCCCCAACCAUGCUGGAUAAUUUUUGCCUUUGGAAGGGAAGCUUCAACAGAACCGAAAUCAGUUUUGGUCUCAGAUCUUAAUCUUCUUCCGCAACUUGGUAAUGCAUCCAGUGGGGAAUAGAGCCGGGCUGGCUCAGAGGUGAGAACUGUCGCAGAAAUGGCAAACUACAAAUGGUCCUGCACAGGCUCCAGAAAAAGACCCCAGAACUGUCAUCCGUACCUUUUCCAGUAAAGUGGUCUUUGGCACAACGGCAGGGAAUUCUGUUCAAACACUGGAUAGGGUAUCCAAUAACCAGAUUAUAGAAGGAGCAGCUUUGUAGGUUAUUGAGCUCAAGAGUACAUUUCAAUGAAUGAUAAGGUAUGUGUGCAUUUCACACAGAAAAACUGCAUAUAUGUAUCAUCCGGACAAUCAUAAUGUCUCCAUGCAAAGUAAGAGGAGCUGGAAGUUUGGUGCGGCACAAAGGUGGAAUAUGUACAUCUAGAAGUAGAAAUAAGAAACUAAAAGUCUUUGGGGGUCCGAAACAUUUACUUGUUCCCAAAUUAGAAGGUUCACUGCAAAAAUACCCGAGGCAUUUUAUCUGUCUGGGAUUUCUCUUCUGGUAAAUACCUAUGUUUCUUGAGAGAGGGGCCUCAUAGGAGCGUUCAUCACUAAUGCAAAAGGCAGCUUUGUGAUGCACGGAUGUAAUCAGAGUAUAAUGUCAACUGAAAAGUGUUAGACAAUCAGGGAGCUUUUAUAUGUUCUUUUAUCAUGUUUAUUGACUGGGCAAAAAAAUUCACUCUAGGGCAACUUAAAGUUGACCAUAGAAUUGUUGGAGUAGGAAGCCUGUUGGUAGAUAGGAAUAUUGCAGUCCGUGCAAGCUGUGCUCAUUUUGCACAUGGCUCCCACUCUGGUGCUGUAUUUGUAGUGUGCAUGGAACAGAACAAUAGAUUCUCCCUGCACAGACUUAAAGCUGGGUCCCCUAACAUGUUUUAUAUAUUAGCCCUCAUUUAACCCAGAGACAUUAACCUGAGGAAGGAAAUAUGUGGAAUUUACUCUUAAAGGGGUGGUUUACCUUUAAGUUAACGUUUAGUAUGUUAUAGAACGGCAACUUUUCAGUUGAUCUUCAUUAUUUUUUUCUAGUUUUUUAAUUAUUUGCCUUCUGACUUUUUCCAACAUUCAAAUGGGGGUCACUGACCCCAGCAGCCAAAAACUAUUGUGUGUGGCUACAAUUUUAUUCUUAUUGUUACUUUUUAUUACUUAUUUUUCUAUUUCUGUCCUCUCCUAUUCAUAUUCCAGUAUCUCAUAUAAACUACUCCCUGGUUGCUAAGGUCAUUUAAACCCUAGCAACCAUAUAAUUGCUAUAAUUCCAAACUAUAAUUAAAUAUUUUUAAAAAAAAAACACAAAUAAUAAAAAAUGAAGCCCAGUUGCACAUUGUGUUAGAAUAAUACUUUCUGCAUCAUACUAAAUGUUAACUGAAAGCUGACCAAACCCCUUUAAUAGUUUUCCAUAGAGAAUAUGGUUUACGUGGACCAUAAAUAUGAACAGGGGAAAAGACUGUGUUGCAGAAUAGGACACACUGUGUAGGUCCGACACUUACUUGCUGGACAAAAUGUCAGCCUGUAUUGCAGCUCUCACAUACAGUGUUUAUCCAGAGAAAACCAAUGAUAUUUCCCUGCAAUUUGCUGCAAGCAACUUGUCCCUUUAUGAAGGUUGCUGGUAUAAUUUAGUUUUAGUAUGUAGCCGGGGCCUGUGCCCCAGCUCUCUUUGGAGGAUAGCAACCUCUUGACUCCAAAUCCACUAGCAGAUGUUUGUCCAUUUGCACUCGACAUCCCACUGCUGGUUAUCUGUUGCAUUUAACACCACCACAUUUUAUGUGAGUGUCCAUAAUGUAUAGAAGAGCACUAAUACCACCAUCUGUUUAGUGCCAAUUUAAUCAUUUAUGCGCCAUCUGUUCAUUGCGACUACUGAUAAAUCCACUAUUUUAUAUUUCUUGUGUGCUUCAGCUAUGUAGCUCACACACACAAGCCAAACUGGACUAAUGGCAGAUUGCAGGUCUUAAAGGGGUAUGUGGGGGUUUGUGUUAGGAGUAAGAAGCCACAGCCCCAAUAGAUCUCACUCUCACUUUUUUCCACUGCCUCAUUUUCUUUUUCUUUUCCAUUCCACUCUACUGAUCUCUCAUACUGCUGUUCUCUCAUUUAUUUACCCUCUUCCCAUCUCUAUCUUGUUUGCUGUGUACCAUUCCCUAUCCUAUCAUUCUCUUUUCCAAGCUUCUACAGUAAGACUCUCUCUGUUUCUCUAUUUUAAUCCUUUUCUGUGUCAAGUCAAUCACCCUGCAACAGUAUAUUAAACUGUGAAGUCCCAGUCCCAUUUACUGCAAUUAAUAGUGCAAAUUCUUAAUCCUUGGAUGGAUAACGGCUCAGUGUCCCCAAUUUUAAUUAGGAGAUUUCUUAGUUCCAUGGUCAGUCUGACCCUGAAUUAUAACAAUACAUUGAGAAUAGAAGGGAAAACAAGUAGAGUUAAGUUCAGGAAAGUAGUUAAGUGUUCAGUAAGAAAAACUGAUUCAGUGGAAAAGAGAUUGUGGAAGAAGAAAGAACAAUGUGACAGUAUAGGAGGAAUUGAAUGGAAAGAUUGGAGGAGAAACCUGUGUAGUUGAUGGGUAUUAAAGGCUUCGGCCUCUAUGAAUGAUCAGUUUUUAAUUUGAUAUUAAAUUACAUGAACAUGGGGAUGUGAAAAUGAGUAAGUACGUAUAGUUACAGAACAUCUCAAGGCAAACACUUGUCACAUGGUGGUAUUCUGGGCAUUUUGUCUCAGCCAUGCAGAAUUCUGUGACUGCAAUCAAGUCUUUUUAUCCCAGGGUAAAAAGUUGCUCUCCUUAGCCCAGCCUAUUCAGCCAGAAACAUGAUUGUGUGAGGCUCAUUCACUGUCUGUGAAUCAUUUUUACAUCUUUAUAAAGCGGAGGGACCCAAAUGCAUUUCCAGCUCUGCAAUGCUUUAUUUUUAGCUUACAGUCAUCUUUCAAAGGAUGAGGCUCCAUUUCUCUGUUACACUUAUGACACUGAAUGAUGUGGGAGGUCUAAAGGUACAAAGCACCAAUCAAAAUCAGUCUGCUUUGCAUGUCACUGAUAUGAUUGUUUUAUUCUCUUUUCAAAAGUAUUCAUUAGCUGGAAGAAGUAAGCAUGUCUGUUGCAUUAAUUUAUCUUCUGGAAUUAGUAUCCUGUAAAGUCAGUUUGUAUAGGAAAUUAUGUGCAUGCACCCUAGUAACGGGACUGUUUGGAUCCUAUCUGAACAAUGUUUUGCUUCUCGGCCUAGCUGACCCGACAAUACCCAGUUCACCUGCCACUGUUUCCUGCAGUUGUUACAUUCUGAGCCAAUUUAUAUUCUUAUGAUUUUAUUUUUAUUAGAAGGUUAUAUGCUGGGAGGCUUUUUUUGUAUUAACCCACUACUCUUUCUGUGAAUAAGUACUUCCUUGUCUCUUGAGCCUGGAACCUUUAGACCUUUUGUUACAAUAUAUUUGCUUAAUGUUUUCCUCCUGUAUAUUGGUUACUAUGCAUUUGGAGUUUUCUCGUGUAUAGUAUAGGUUAUCAAACUGCACACUAUUCAGAACGGAGGUCAUGUGAAUAGAGCAAAAAAUGCUCUGAAAACAUUAUCUGUCUGUGUCAUGCACUGGAAUUCACCUUUGAUUUGUAUUGUUAUGCCCAGUCAAUAAGGGAUUUUGUUUUUAUGGCUCUGGAGCAUGCGAUUAAAGGGAAUCAACUGUGUUAGUUUAUCUGUCUCAUUUGCUGAUGCACCAUGCAUUGCCCAAUAUAUAUAACAAACACAUACCAAAACUUGUACCAAAUGAUUUUAUCGGUAAGUGUAUGGCAAACUUUACACUUUACUCCCUGGAGCUGGAUCCAGUGGGAAAUAAGAGGCUCCUACUGCGGUUAGUAUUGCCGCUGGCCAUCCUUCUAGUGACAGGGUCAAAACUUUUCUUGUGCAGCUGAAAGAAUUUGAUUAUAAAAAGUGUAAAAAACAAAUAUUACAAGUUCUUUUGUUUUGAGGUUUAUGAACACUGCACACUAGCAUAAACAUUUAGGACCCAUUUAAUUGAUGGGUUGGGAAUCAAAAUUGUUCAUUCUAAACAAAGACUGAUGUUGAACUGGCUUUCAUCCCAAAAGGUAACAGAUCUGUCCAGCAGGAAUACUCUGCAGAAAGAUGGCAGGGUCUUUCUUGGCAAAUAAUCUUUUUUCAAGUGGAUCAGUGCAUCAUGCAACAAAGAGAUGACAUUUCAUGAUGUACAUUUUGUUACUGUAAAUACAGUCCGUUCUUGUUUUGUAUCUGAUAUUCCUAAUGUUCCAGGCUAAGAGCAAUGACAUGUGGGUCUUUUUGAUUAUCACCACUCUCCCUGGGAAACAGCCAGUAAUAAGAAUCUCCGUUGGUAGUUUCUUGCUGACUCCAGUGAAAGGUAAAAUGAAAAGCCCAGUGGGUGAUGAUUAUUGCCUGAUAACAUCAUUGCUUUUCCUGAAUAAUCGUGGCCAUUAACCAAUUGCGAGGAAAUCUACACCAUGAUUAUCCCUACUUUCCUGGGGAAGUGUUAAUGACCAGUAGUUCAAUGUAUCAUCGCCCAAGAGACUACUAAAACUCUGUUUCUGCUGUGCAUUCUGCAUUAUCUCACAUACGCAAUAUUUGUUGCCUCGAAAAGGCAUAAAGGGACUGUAAACCUAAAAAUAAUUUGUUUGUUGAAAAUUCUCAUUGUACUAGUUUCACUGUCCAAUCCAUUAGGCUAAGGACCCACGGACUGAACGGCUCCAUGGGUCCUCAAACAGGAAGUGGAAAUACCAGAUAGUGUGUUGUCAUAUAGAUAGAAAGCCCAUUAUCUGCUAACUGGGUAAAACUCUCAUUCUGGACUUGAAGAAAAUGAGCCUUAAUGCACUGCAGUUAAGGUGCAGGACAGUAAUAAUAAGAAUUCUUUUUUUGCCUAAAAAUUCCAUAUAAGCAAUAAGAAUUCAGAAUGGAUACCACUCCUGAUGGGUGCUAAGAGAUUUCACUGUAAAUAAAUUGUAUUUGUAACUGUAAUUAAUUUGUCAUUACCAAAUAAAAUCCAGAAUGCAUUGUGAGAUGGCAAUCCUCUUCGCACCUCAGUGCCUUAGACUGAAAUUUUAUUUGUCCUUAAUAUCUGUUUUGUGAUUGUACGUUGUCUGCAACACUGGAUUGUUCUGACAUGCACAUUCUCACUUUUACCAUGAGAGGAGAGAGACCCAGUGAUCAUGUAGCAAGGCAUUAACCACUCCUGCUCAGGGCCCUCAUUCUGUAUCGUAGGGAUUCUCAAAGGCAGCCCACUCAGGCCUCACAAGCAGCACCCAGAAUCCUCACAGAGGCACUGGGGGUUCUACCACCCACCCAGAACUAAGCAUAAUGUACCAGUGUGCACUGUUGGUGGGACUGAGGCCUGGAGCUGAGAAUAACCAUAUUGUAUGAGGGGAAUAUAAAGUGCCAGGGUGGACUGGUUAAUCCUGUGUGCAGUCAGGACAUCCACUGCUUGGGUAAUAGUGCAUUAUAUCUGUAUAUUGUAGUAUGUAUAUUUAGUUAUAUUCACUGUCUUCUUGUGUUUUUAAUAUCCUUACUGGUACUGUUUGUAUAAAAAUAAAAAAAAUCAGAUCAAA